CGGUCAGUGGUGGCGCGCCAGCGCAGCACGGCCCCGAGGCCGACAAAACAGUAGCAAUCUACCCUCAUUCACGUUUUGCGCGGUGCCCCAACACCCGUCGGUCCUAACGUGUUCCCUCUCUGUUGCUAUUUCGACACUGCCAAAGUGUCGUCGCGCGUGGCUAAUAUGUCCGGUGGGACUAUAUCGGAUUCGCGACGUUGCCCGAGCAAGUGCACAGGAAAUCGGUUAAACGGGGGUUCGAGUUCACCUUGAUGGUGCUUGGAGAAAGCGGGCUUGGAAAGUCCACCCUGAUAAACAGCCUUUUCCUCGGUGAUCUUUACAAAGAUCGUCGCAUUCCCGAUGCCGGAGAGCGCAUCAAGAAAACAACUACGAUAGAGAAGAAGACGAUGGACAUAGAGGAACGCGGUGUCAGGCUGCGAUUGACGAUCGUUGAUACGCCAGGUUUCGGCGACGCAGUGAACUGCGAGGACACUUGGAAAGCGUGCUCGGCGUACAUCGACGAACAAUUUCGGCAAUACUUUACGGACGAGAGCGGACUAAACAGAAAGAACAUUCAAGACAACAGAGUGCACUGUUGUUUAUACUUUAUCCCUCCAUACGGUCACGGACUGAGGCAACUCGAUUUGGAGGUACUGAGGAGGUUGCAUCGCAAGGUGAACGUUGUCCCAGUGAUCGCGAAGGCGGACACCUUGACCACGUACGAGGUGAAGAAGCUGAAGGAACGAAUUCUCGCAGACAUCGAGGAGAACGAGAUUCAGAUAUAUCAGUUUCCGGACUGUGAUAGCGACGAGGACGAGGAGUUCAAGCAACAGGACAAGGAGCUGAAGGCGUGCAUCCCGUUCGCCGUGGUCGGAAGCUCGACGGUCCUCGAGGUUGCAGGGAAGAAGGUCCGAGGUCGGCAGUAUCCUUGGGGAGUGGUGGAAGUGGAGAACCCGAAGCACAGCGAUUUCGUGAAACUCCGAACAAUGCUGAUAUCCACGCACAUGCAGGAUCUGAAAGACGUAACGCAGGACGUGCAUUACGAGAAUUUCCGGGCCCAAUGCAUUUCCCAAAUUUCACAGCAAGCGAUUCGGGAACGGAGGUAUUUACGCAUUAAACUGAAGAGAGAUUCGGGUCCUCAUUUUGAGAACAGUAUAUCGGACACCGACCGAUUGCUGCUGCAAAAGGACGAAGAGAUUCGGCGGAUGCAGGACAUCCUCGCGCAGAUGCAGGAAAAAUUGAAGGCCACCGGUCAAGUUGGGCCUGGUAUCGGUCUCCGAGGAAGAGUCGGCAGUCUUGGGAACGAUUUGGACUCCACCGACGUCGAGAAGAAGCGCAACAGUAUUAUAGACGUUUGAACGAUCGGACGUGUCCCCGGCGAUACACACAGUCCUAGUAAAUUAGGAUUAUAUUCGAGACGCGCGAGUGGUACGUUUCCACGAACGGUGUCCUGGUCAAGGCCCACGCGAAUACGCACAACACACGACACACGAGUAACGUACUCGACGGGAGAAAACCGCAGCGUGUUGCACACCUCGGCACCUAGGAGAGCUCCGCUAUGUAAUGCUUCGAACAUUACCAUUAUCCGUCCCGCGUGGACCGUUCUUAAUUCCUUCUCGAUCGCGAACCAUUGAAAAACCAUUCGAACAAAACUGAUUCGAUCGACGAUUAAUAAAAGUAUUCCGAUUUCUCGACUUUAGGCGUGACAAACAACAGACUCUGAAUCUUUGUUGGAACAUUAACAUUAACGUUAACAUUAACGUUAACAUUAAAAUUAAAAUUAACAUUAACAUUAACAUUGACAUUGACAUUGACAUUAACAUUAACAUUAACGCGGAGAGCGCAGCAGAAAGGAAUUGAUAUGUUGCAUUACUAGUGUAGAGAGCAUAUCAAAGGGGCGAUAGCUGACACACUUUUUUCAGGCAUUACAGUAUUAUUACUCGAACCAAGACAAGAGAUCUGUCGCGUUCAAGUGUCGCUUUUCCCACGCGGCGUUUCCACUUUUAUAUAUAUAUAUAUAUAUAUAUAUCUAUGUAUAUUAAUCGACGGAACUGUCCUACUUCUCCAACAGUAUUUGAUAUCUCUAUCACACGCUAACACGAACGACGAAUUCUAUUGUACAUAUAACGAAUAGAAAAGCGAAAAAGCGAAAAAGCGAAGAAGCGAAGAGGCGAAGAAGCGAAGAAGCGACAAAGCGACAAAGCGAAGAGAAAUAAAGGAUUAUUCACCGCUGGGACGACGUGUAUUCUUUCGCAGACUAAACAAGUGUAUUUCCUCCACUUUACCUUUCCGUCCCACCUAAAUAUCCCAUACCUUCCAUGGUACUUGGAUACGAUAGGCGCGAUAGUGUCUAAACUUGUCCUGGCCCAUAAAAACCGCCAACCUCCAUUUACUUGGAUCACCGAAUUCUAGGCUUUAGUAGGCUUCUAUUUCAACGAUAAGGUAACUUGCAACAUUUCCUUUUAUUCUUCCUGAAAAUGUUCGAGAAGAAAUGAAAUUUUCAAUAAAAUUUCAGAAGCAAAUGGAAAUACGGACCUUUUGUAAUACGUCGAAUCGUCGAAUCGCUGCGAUCGAGAAAUAUUUCUGGAAUUUCGUUGUUAGGAAACGCGCCUGUGAGAUUGGUAAAUCGGGAUUUUAAUAAUUCCGUGGAAAAAAUGACAAGCGCUUCAAAGCGAUUAAGGAACCGUUGCGAGCGUACCGAAUAAGUGAUUACUGCUUUAUAGCUAGACAGACAGUGCGGUUUUAUUAUUAACUAUAAUUAUAGGUAUGGAUCCGUAUUAAAGUUCCCCCGAAUAACUGUGAUUCCGUGUUCGUUUCGUCGCGCCCGCGGCCAGCAACCCGGUAUAAAAUCCACCGUCUUCGCAACAUUUUCGCUAUUUUCGUUCAGUCGAGUAUCAUCGAAUCGCGCCAACUUGCUAAUGAUUCGAAAGGUUUGUCAGUCGUUUAUCUCGGUGUUAUCUUUUAUUCCGUGAUUCGAUGCGAGUUUCGUUAAAGAGAUGACGAUAGUUUAUUAAAAAUCCUUCUCGUUUCUAUAGAUUAGUCCUGUAGAUUAGUUCUAUAGUUGUGUCGCGGCAUCGCGCGGCAUCGCGCGGCAUCGCGCGAUCGUACAAGCGUGUACACGCUGUGUACCAUUAUUCGCGUAAAUCCACUCACUUGGCAUCUUUACUCGCAC